CAACAACAACAACAACACUCUCCUCCUCCUCCUACUGCCACUACUACUACUUCCCCUCCUCCUCCUACUGCUGCUGCUGCUACUGCUAUUACUUCUCCUCGUCUUCCUCCUCCUCCUCCACCUUUUCUUCGGCAACAACAACAACAGCUUCUCUCUCCUCCAUACAUUCCAGCAUUUUUGCAGGAUUUGGAGGAUGUUGAGAUGGAUGUUGUUGAGGAAGCAGUGGACAUGGAAUGGGAGACGGGCGAUGAAAGGGACAUGUUGUGGGAUCCCACUCCCCAUCUUGUCCCGGUCUACUGGCCAUAUUACGGUCCAUGAAUGCUUUCUUUCCUUUUAACUUUCUUUGCUAUUGCAGUACCGUCUUCCUGCUUAUACCGCCACUUUUCCUCCGCCAUCCCAAAACUUCUUCCGUUUCCGCCAACCUACUUAUUUAUUUAUUUAUUGACAAAGCGCCUUCGGGCGCUUCUUACUGGAUUCAAUGUCCAGAAAAAGACGAGAACCGUCUUCACUGUGGCAAAGGCAAUUUUGAAGUUUUGAGGAGGUAGAUCUUUUCAUUACAGUUUUGAAGGAGCAAUGGUGGCCGACCUGUGUGCGGCGCAGCGCCGGCGCCCCAGCAGAUGAUACUCCAAGGCCCAUGGCAAAGUGUUGCGAUGGUAUAACAUCGGACACUGACGUCCAUGCUGCAUGCGUUCCAGCGUGUGUCAUGUAUUGUGUGGUAAG